AUGAGUGGUAAUAUCCUUAUUGUGGGAGCAACUCGGGGAUUGGGUGCCUCUCUCCGAGAUCUAUACGCAUCCAACCCUUCAGUCAUUAAUGUCUUUGGAACCACACGCUCGGACAGCAAACCAGAUAGUCAUCCUAAAGUAUCCUGGAUUACGGAAGUUGACCUUUUGAAAUCCAAUGUUGGACAGAAACUCGUCUCUCAACUCCCGUCAUCACUCAAACUCUCUACGGUCAUCGUUACAGCGGGAUACUUCGGGUUCGAAUCCUUUGAUACGCCAGAUUGGGACAAACAAGUACAAAUGUACACUACAUCAGCCAUAGCACCAGUGUUUUUAGUCCAGCAACUCGUCAAGGCGGGUCACCUCAACGAAGGAAGCAAGGUUAUUCUCGGUAGUAGUGAAAGCGGCAGCAUUACCCUGCGCCAUGAGAAAGAAGGUGGAGGCAACUACGGUCAUCAUGCUAGCAAGACUGCUCUGAAUAUGGUAGGAAAGCUUCUAAGUUUGGAUUUGAAACCUAUGGGAAUAGCUGUGGGCUUAGUCCAUCCGGGGUUUAUGCGCACGGAUAUGACGAGAAGUGUUGGGUUUGAUAAAUACUGGGACGAUGGUGGAGCCGUCACUCCCGAAGAAGCCGCCAAAUCUCUCGCUUCAUUUAUUGAAGAAUUUGAUAUCAACAAGACUGGAGAGUAUUGGGCACCUCGGGGUCCUAGGGACAUCGGGACUGCUGAGCCUGUCUUAGGGGCUAAUCUUCCAACUCCUUUACAAUUACCGUGGUAG